AUGGCUUCAAGACAAAGAUCUCAUGGCAAACAAUCCGAACAAUCCAAACCAAAUAAUAGUAAAAAGACUCAACCUAAACAUUCUUAUAAUCUUAAGGGGAGAGUCUUCAGUAUGGAUAAAUCAGAACCAUUUAUUGAUUCUGGCUUGAUUGCCGUUUCUCUUGUUAUUAAAUCGCAAACCGGCCCACACUUUGUUUUUCACUAUCCUCCUCGACCAUCCUUCGCUCCACCCCUACGCAACUACAGAUAUGGUACGGAAACUGAUCAAAGUGAGAUUGAAGAACAUGCAGAUAGCGACGAAGAUGACAGCGACGACUUCUCAGAAUUAGAAGAAGAUGACUCAAUUGCUUCAAAGCUUGGAAAAUUGAAUUUGAGCGGCAAGGGGAUGAACAGUGGAAAUGGCACUAGAUCGCGUCACGUGGAGAUUGAAGGCGAUGAUCACCUUGAAGGCAAAGAUGGCGAGCAAAUCGUUCCUUGGGAACAAUUUGGGGAAUUUCCUACCGUCGAUCUUGCUAGUAUCCUGACCCCACCACGCGCAUACCAUAAGAAGAAGUUCGAGUUGUCAAUUGACAACCUCUACUUCGUUUCCUACCCGUUGCACAUCCGCGAAGAUGGAUUCUGGAAGAAGCCGAAAAAGCUAAAGAAGGGUAAAGAGGUAGCAAAUGAUGGAGAUGAAUUGAAGGGCGGUUCCGUGGCUAGCAGUGCUCAGCCAAAAAAAGGCAGUGGUUCGGAUGACGGUGAUGAUCGUGGAGAAAUGACAAUGUUCAACAUUGUUUUUGUUGUUAGCUUGCCUAGGCAUGAACAAGAUGAGAGAAUUGAGGAACUCUAUGAGCAUGUUAUCAAGACUUUCAACAAGGCUCUCAAUCAUGCUCAAGCUCAGGGUAAUUAUGUUUGGAAGGAAUCUGAGACUAUUCUAGGCAUGAAGGAGAGAGCCCGUGAAGAUAAACGACCAAUGAGUCAACUAUGGAGCCAAAUCUUGAUCAAAUCUACAUUGGCAGAUGCGAUGCGCGACGUUUACGAUGCUGUUGUCAACAAUACCAUCACCACCGUCUGCCUCGACACAAAACCUCCCAUUGAUCUCUCUCUACAUAUCCCAAUUCCAACAUUUUUGAUGAGCUUCCCGAAUCCUAAUGAAAGAGCUAAACCUGGUGUAUUACUUUCCAGCGCCAACCCUCUUGUCGAUGAGGAAGGUAAUCCAGAUCCCACGCAGCUAGAUAAGCACUUUGCUCUUCUACUUCUUGAGGAUGAGGUAGAUGUCAUUGCAGAAAUAACAUCUGAAGAUACCGAGCUUUCUGCUCCUUUGAUUCAAUUCAUUAAGUGGGCCAAACCUACUUUGUCUUUCCAACAAGUCGCUCAAGCCAACAAUGUUGGUCUCGAUGAAGUCAUCACUCUUGCACAACAUUUGAUUUACUGGCGCAAAGCAAUCGCUAUUCCUCCUAUUCACGCUCGGGACAUGUUUAUUGUUUCACCUAAUUGUGACAUGCAUAAGUUAGUUCCAGCAAGUCAACAGUGGAAAAAAGCAUUUCCUUUUGCUCCCUCUUUACAAAGCUUCCUUGCACAAAUCUCUUAUGCUCCACGCGCCUACAAGGCUUUCGUCCCGUCCAAAAGUCAUCGUGAGAAAUAUAUGGAAAUGCUUGCAUGGCUUAUUCGUGGAGGCUGGGUUACUCAUCUGCGAACUUUCUGUUGGAUCUGGGUCUGGCCUGAGAUCAUUUACGAGGUCGACUAUCAAUUGAAAGCAGAAGCUAUCGAAAAAAUAAAGAACCCACCUCUUCAAACAGCACCUGGAUCCCCAGAAGAAGCAAAUGAUGUUGAGAAUGGGACACUGGCUCUCGAUCCAACAGCUCCACUCACCACCGAACAAGCAGCGGAAGCUGCACGCCUUGAGAGACUCGCUGCUAAGACAGUAGCAGAAGCUAAGGCAGCCGAAGAUGAAUUUGAAAAGAUGCCCGUUCCAGAUGCUACCGAACAUCCUUCUAUGAACCAUGCAGAACACUUGAAGAACAUGUCCUCCUAUAUCAUCGUCGAUCCUCACAAAGCUAGUCACGUCGAGACGAUGUACAUCGCAGCCAUCGGCAAGCGUUGGACUGAUCCUAAGGCAAAAGCAUUGUGGCCAAAGUUCCUAUUCACUGAAUCAUAUGCUGCUAAGACAAAACGAGCGGACAUCCAAGGAAGCAAGUUGAUUUAA